UAAAGGAUUGCACACAGCACACAUCUGAUUAUUUCCCUUCUAGAGAAUCUAAAGCGAACUUUUCGAGGAUUUCAAGAGCGGCAGAGUCUGUAAACAAAUAUGCAAAAAGUUGGACAGAAAAAGUCAAUGUCUUCCUCGUACAUGCCGUGGAGAUCUUCUGCCACUAACAGGAGACAAACUCAACCCACUGACAAUCCCAGGAAUCCUGGACCCAUCUUUCCCGACCUAGGUCCGGCUCCGAGUCCAAAACCCAUCAUUCGCUUGCUCGCGUUUGGGCUCAUCAUAUUUCUCGGCCUCCUCCAAUUCUUACCCGCUUCCCAUUUCCGCCACCCCUCGGACCCUCUCAGAAAUUGGGUCCCGCUUAACCCCCACUCCUCUCCUUCUUCCACUUCAAAGAGUGAAGGAAGCUAUGAAGAGGACGGUAUAGUACAUGUUGUUUCAUGGAUGGAAUGUUUGGACCUUAAAGUGCUGGCAGUUCUUGCCAACUCAACUCUUUCGAGUUCAAGAUAUCCAGACCUAGUUCAUUUUCAUUUCUUUACACCUGAAGGGAAUAAAGACAAAGUUUCCUUUUAUAAGUUGAAAGUAUUAUUUCCACAUUCAAACCUUGAACUUCAUGGGCAAGAGGAAGUGAAAGAAAUAAUUAGGAUUGCAACUUCUGAGGCAGAAUAUGCCAGGUUCAAUUUUGAGGAAAUUGUACCUUUUAUUAUACCAAGUGUCCACCAGUCACUGAGAAAAUUCAUAUAUGCUUCACCCGAUCUAAUAUUGAAGGGAAGAGUAGAAGAACUAACUGGAAUUGACUUAAGCACCCAUGCUAUUGCUGCUGCUGCUGAGGACUGCUCUAAAAGGCUGAACAGCUACGUGAACUCAGAUGUUUUGGAUGCUAUUCAAAGAUCGGCCUCAAAGCCAUGGGUAUCCGUGACACCUUAUGUGAAGGAUGCAUGUAUGCCUGACUUAAGUUUGCUUGUGAUUGAUGCAAGGAAAUUGCAGGAGUUUUUGGAGGCUGUCUUAUGGUGGAGUAAAGUUCUGAAUUGGAGUGGCAGGAGCAGUAAAAGAAAUCCAGCAAUAGCAUUAGCACUCUACAACAGAUAUCUGAAGCUUUCAAAUUCCUGGUUGGUGAAGGAACCAGCAUCACUAGAAAUCACAGAAAAGAGUAUGGUCAUUCAUUAUGAUGGGCCCAAGGUUGUUUGCCCUGAAUUUAGAAAUGACACCAUCCCGGAGUCAUCUCAUGGCAAUUUAUGGAUGAAGUACCUUCCUUCGAUGUCAAAUCAGAUCUUGGUCAGCUAGAAUACCAUAUGUGUGCCAUUCUUGUAGAAUUCUAAAGCUGAAUGGCUUCAAUGUCAUGUAUCAUGUGGCCUUAAAUGCAUAAGCCAAAUCAAGCACAAGGACAUUGAUAGCAGCCAUUUAUUGAAAGUGCAUUUUUUA